UGUUUUGUGUGAAUUAAAUUUUAGUUAAGUGUCAUCGUUUGUCAUAUCAGUAACAUGAGUCGUGUAGCUCGAUUACCAUCCAUCAGGAAUCGUACAAAAAGGGGCUUAAAGACCUCUGAAACCAUUACUAGUCAUGAUAAACCUGAUUUGAGUUAUGCUUCUGACACGGAGAACAGAUCCGUCAAUGCUAAUAAAUCGACUCCUGAAAAGAAAAAGCGAGUGUCUCCUGUCCAACGUCCCUCUAGAAAACGCAUCCUACCUUCCGUGUCUGAUGAUUCAGUUGACAAUAAAAAACAAAAAGUUAGUGAAAAUAAUUUAGAAAGACCAACUACCGAGGAACAUGUGGAGCGUGAUGUAACAGAUGAACAUUGUUACGAUAUUUCAAUAACAAAACCAAAAAGAAUAAUUUUAAAUGCUGAAGAGCAAAAGCAGAGACGUGACAAACAAAUGCAGUAUUUGCAACGUUUCGUUAAUAUUUCUAAGUCUUACUCGCAAUAUCUUCAAUCGAAAAUUGCCAAGAGAACACCCAGCACAAGUGCUGAUUCAGAUUCAGAAGAUGAAUUUGCUCCUAAGAAGUGUAAUCCUAACGCUUUGAAAUAUUUUCAAGGGACUUUACGCCCCUAUCAAGUUGAAGGAGUGAUCUGGUUAUCUGUCCUCUAUGAGAAUUCCAUCAAUGGCAUUUUGGGCGAUGACAUGGGCCUUGGUAAAACAAUCCAAGUCAUCGCUUUAUUUGCCUAUUUGUAUGAACGAAAUAUACCUGGACCAUUUCUAAUUGUUGCUCCGCUUUCAACCAUUGGAAAUUGGAUGGCGGAAUUUAAGAGAUUCGCCCCAAAAAUACCAUGCAUCCAUUUUCAGUCAAACUGGAGCAAAGCAGAACAAACAAAAUUCAUAAAGAAACAAUAUCAACUAGAAGGCAAAUGGGUUAAGUCCGUCAUUAUUUGCUCUUAUCAAACCCCCAUUCGGACAAGUUGUCAUUUAAGAGACUACAAAUGGCAAUAUAUUGUCGUUGAUGAAGGCCAACGGCUCAAAAAUGCCAAUUCGAAGCUGUCUCAAGAACUACGCGGUUUUCUUACUACAAAUAAACUUCUCUUAACUGGAACCCCUCUACAAAACGAUAUUGGCGAACUAUGGGCGUUAUUCAGUUUCUUAAUGCCCGAUCUUUUUAUGGAUAUGGAGGACUUCUCAACACUUUUUGAUUUGGAAGAACUGAGGGACACCCGCAAAUUGUUACAAAACGAAGCCGAAACUGAAAUGAUUUCAAAAAUUCACAAAGUUUUAGUUCCCUUCAUGUUACGACGCGAAAAAAAGCUUGUUUUGCAUGAUCUCGUUCCGAAGAGAGAAAUGAUCAUUUACUGCUCUCUAACUCCUCUACAGAAAUAUCUAUAUCGAGCUAUUUUAGACAAAGACUCAUGGGCGUUAUUCAUGCAGAAAAAACCUUUAGAGAAGGAGAAGCUUGUAGAGGCCCCGAAAGGAAAAAGACAAUGUGUUGCAAAAAUCAAAACCUACGCUCAAGAAAAGUUCGAUCUUUCCGAAGUUGAUUAUUUUACAACGAAAGAAGUUACGUCAACAAGUUAUAACACUGCGAGUGUGCUUCACUACAAUACCCAUGUGCCGCUUAAAAUUCCUGAUCGUCCUUACAUGAUUAGAUUAACAAUGGCAAACCCCAUGAUGAUGUUGAAGAAAGCAGUAAACCACCCGUACUUAAUUUGGACUCCUGUUGUCGUUGAAGAGAACAGGAACGAGCUUUAUGUCAGUAAAGACAUGGUGAAGUUAAGUGGCAAGCUUCUAGUUUUGGACGCUAUGUUGCCGAAAUUGAAAGCGGGAGGACACAAGAUUUUAUUAUUCAGUACUUUGACUAUGAUGUUGGAUUUGGUUGAGGAAUUAUUAAUAAUGCGAAACUAUACAUAUAGAAGACUUGAUGGCUCUUUGGAUCUUGACUCCAGAAAUGACAACAUCAAUGACUUUAAGAGUGAUGACGUGUUUGUGUUCUUACUCUCUACUAGAGCAGGCGGUUUAGGAUUAAAUUUAACAUCUGCCGAUACUGUUAUCUUUAUAGAUAAAGAUUGGAAUCCCAUGGUCGAUUCACAAGCACAAGACAGGUGCCACAGGAUUGGACAAACCAAACCUGUUAUGAUCUACAGCUUGGUAACCAAAGGAACAAUUGAUGAAAUUAUUCUAAACCGUGGAGAAGUUAAAAAGAGAUUAGAAAAAAUGGUCAUAAAAGAAGGGCAAUUUAAAGGCAAGCAGUUAGAUGAUGCUGACCUCAAAUCGUUAAAAGAUCUACUAGAUGAAGAAGAAACUACGGUCAAAAUAAAUCCCAACGGUUUUUAUUACACUGAGGAAGAGUUUGAUAAAAUACUAGACCGAAGUGAUUUAAUUAAAGAAAUGAAGGAGAAAUCUCCCAAAAAACAAUAAAAGCCCUGGAAGGUUUAAACAUUUUCAAAAUGUAUGUGUUACCCGUUAAAAUGUUUCUGCGAAUGCAUAUUACUUUUAUUUAUUUAAGUCUGUUUAUUGAAUCGUUCAUAUUUUUUUAAAUAAAGUUCAUAAAAAAAAUAGGACUCAAAUAAC